GUCUAUGCCAUGACUCGCCCUACCUCCCUCUCCUUUGCUCCUAGCUCCAGUAUGGGGACCACAUCUGUCUGGGCUUCAGGCUUCCUGGUGCUGAGGCUGCUGCUCCUAGUGGCUGGAGAGCAGGACACACAGGACACCACCACCACCACAGAAAAGGGCCUUUACAUGCUGAAGUCGGGGUCAGGACCCAUCCGUGCUGCCCUGGCAGAGCUGGUGGCUCUGCCCUGCCUCUUUACCUGGCAGCCACUGCUAGGCACCCUUCGAGACAUUCCUCGGAUCAAAUGGACCAAGGUUUGGACUGCAUCAGGCCAGCGACAAGAUUUGCCCAUUCUGGUGGCCAAGGACAAUGUGGUUCGUGUAGCCAAGGGCUGGCAGGGUCGGGUGUCAUUGCCUGCUUACCCCCGGCACAGAACCAAUGCUACACUCCUGCUGGGGCCGCUUCGGGCCAGUGACUCUGGGCUGUAUCGCUGCCAAGUGGUGAGGGGUAUUGAGGAUGAGCAGGACCUGAUAACCCUGGAGGUGACAGGCGUUGUCUUCCACUACCGGGCAGCCCGGGACCGUUAUGCGCUGACCUUCGCUGAGGCACAGGAUGCCUGCCGCCUGAGCUCCGCCACCAUCGCUGCCCCACGGCACCUGCAGGCUGCAUUUGAAGACGGCUUUGACAACUGCGACGCGGGCUGGCUCUCAGACCGCACGGUUCGGUAUCCGAUCACUCAGUCGCGUCCUGGUUGCUAUGGUGACCGCAGCAGUCUGCCCGGGGUUCGGAGCUAUGGCAGACGCGACCCACAGGAACUCUACGAUGUCUACUGUUUUGCACGCGAGCUAGGGGGCGAGGUCUUCUACGUGGGCCCUGCUCGCCGACUGACCCUGGCCGGUGCACGGGCACAAUGUCAGCGCCAGGGUGCUGCGUUGGCCUCGGUGGGACAGUUGCACCUGGCCUGGCACGAGGGCCUGGACCAAUGCGAUCCAGGCUGGUUGGCAGACGGUAGUGUGCGCUACCCAAUCCAGACACCUCGCCGGCGUUGUGGGGGCCCUGCCCCGGGUGUGCGCACAGUAUACCGCUUCGCUAACCGCACGGGCUUCCCUGCACCCGGAUCACGCUUCGAUGCUUAUUGCUUCAGAGCUCAUCAUCUUACACCACAACACAGAGACUCAGAGACCCUCUUUUCUGGAGAUGAGGGGGAGAUUGUGUCGGCACAAGCCCAAGAACUAAAGCCCAGGCUAGGGGAGGAGAAAGAGGCAGCAUCCAACCUUCAGGAUCCUCUUGUGUCUAGUGGAGAAGAUGAACACCUGGAUUCCACAUGGACACAAGAGCCUCAGAAGUCCUUUGGCUCUAUCCCAGGGGGCCCUACCCUGGCUUCAUGGCUGCUUACAGGUGCCACAAGCUCCACAGGUGUCCCCAGCCCCAGGAGCAUGGGAGUUGAUAUGGCAGAGACAAUACCCUUGGACACACAGGUAGCCUCUACCCCCACAGCAAGGAGGGGCCGCCUCAAAGGGUUAAAUGGUAGACAUUUCCAGCAACAAGGGCCAGACAGCCAGUUGCUUGUGACAGCAGAAGCCAGUCCCCAGACUCCCACUCUGGAAGUUACAGCUGACCUCCAGGGGCUUUCUGCAGUCACAGAGGUCUCAGAGAGUGAGCAGAGCCGCAGUCACAGUCCCUGGGCCAUUCUCACCAAUGAAGUGGACGUGCCAAGGGCAGGUUCUCUUGGCAGCAGGAGUCCCCCAGAGUCCUGGAUGUGGUCCCCGUCUUUCAUCUCACCUAUCGUCACAAGCCCUGACAGUGUCCCUGGCCUGAAGCCAGGAACAGCUGAAGCCCCCAGUAUAAAAUCAACCAUCCACCACCUUCCCUGGUCUCCCUCAGAGCCCUCUGUUCCUCCCUCCAGGCCCUCAAAGGCCCCAAGUGUUGUCUUCCAUGAGGCACCCCCUGGUGACAUCUCUCCAGACUUCCCCAUUGUAGCCAUGCUUCGGGCCCCCAAACUGUGGCUUUUGCCACACUCCACAUUCAUCCCCAGUGUGAUCCCCAUUACACCCUCCCCAGCUUCUCCACUCCCUUCCUGGCACCCAGAACAAGAUGGAGCUAUGACCAGUGCCAGGCCCAUCAGCCCUGGAGCAGGAGGCCUUGAAACCCCACCUCAGACCACUAUGGAUGCCCCAGUUGAAGCCAGCCAUAAAUCCCCUGCAGCAGAUUCUAGAGAAAUCAGGGGGGUCAGCUCCGCACAGGCUACCGAGCACCCCAGCUCUGGCCCAUGGGAGUCCUUGGACUCCAGUAAUGUGACUAUCAAUCCUGUCACCUCUGAUGUUGGCAUCCUAGGGACUGACUCUGGGGUCUUGGAUGUAUCAGGGAGUCCUACAUCCAGUGGACAGGCCACUGUGGGCACUUGGAUACCGCUGCCCAGCCAAGAACUGGACUCUGGUUCCCAGUCCUCACCAUUGGGAGGCCCUGGAGUCACCGUGAGUGUAAAGCCUACAAUGGCUUUGGAGGGAGGUGCCACAGAGGACCCUAUGAAGGCCACCGUGGAGCUAGUUCCUGGAGAUGCUGAUGCCACUUGGGGGUCUCAAUCCAAAAGUUCUAUUUCUAGAAUCCAUGUGACUGUAAGUCCAAGCAUGGGCCAAGAGACCAUGGCUGGGGCCCAGGGUGUGUCCAUACUGACCUCCACAAGCUCCCAAGACCAUCCAGAAGCAGAGGACCAGAUGGUGGCCCAGGGGUUACCAGGGCCUCACACCAGCCUGCCCUCUCAUCCAUGGUCAUCCCUGGCCUCAAGCAUGGAUGAAGUAGCCUCAAUUUCCUCAGGGGAGCCCAAUGGGCUGUGGGACACCCCCAGCACCCUAAUACCUAUGUCCUUGGGCUUAGAUGAAUCAGGCCUGAAUGUUGUACCUGGGAGUCCAGAAUUGAAGGGCUUCUGGGAAGAGAUGGCCAGCGGGCAGGAGGACCCCACAGAUCCCUGCGAUAACAACCCUUGUCUGCACGGAGGCACCUGUCACACCAAUGGCACCAUGUAUGGCUGUAGCUGUGAUCAGGGCUAUGGGGGGGAGAAUUGUGAGAUUGACAUAGAUGACUGCCUGUGCAGCCCCUGUGAGAACGGAGGCACAUGCAUUGAUGAGGUGAAUGGCUUCGUCUGCCUCUGCCUUCCCAGCUACGCAGGCAGCCUGUGUGAGAAGGACACAGAAGGCUGUGACCAUGGCUGGCACAAAUUCCAGGGUCACUGCUACCGGUACUUUGCCCGGCGGCGGGCCUGGGAGGAUGCAGAAAGAGACUGCAGGCGCCGGGCUGGCCACCUGACAAGUGUUCACUCACCAGAGGAGCACAAGUUCAUUAAUGGCUUUGGACAUGAGAACUCAUGGAUUGGCCUGAAUGACAGGACAGUGGAGAGGGACUUCCAGUGGACAGACAACACAGGACUGCAAUAUGAGAACUGGAGGGAGAAUCAGCCAGAUAAUUUCUUUGCUGGCGGAGAGGAUUGUGUGGUGAUGGUGGCACAUGAGAGUGGGCGCUGGAAUGAUGUCCCCUGCAACUACAACCUCCCCUAUGUCUGCAAGAAGGGCACAGUGCUGUGUGGUCCCCCUCCAGCAGUGGAGAAUGCCUCCCUUGUCGGUGUGCGCAAAGCCAAGUACAGUGUCCAUGCCACUGUUCGAUACCAAUGUGAUGAAGGGUUCUUCCAGCACCAUGUGGCCACUAUCCGCUGCCGAAACAAUGGAAAGUGGGAUCGGCCCCAAAUUGUCUGCACCAAACCCAGGCGGUCACAUCGGAUGCGUAGACACCGCCACCACCAGCACCGACAUCACAAACCCAGCAAGGAGCACAGAAAACACAAGAGACACCCAGCAGAAAACUGGGAGAAGGACGAAGGGGAUUUCUGCUAAAAAUCCAGGCUAAGCAAACACACAUUCCCAUACCUCCUCCAGAGCAUUCACCUGGGGAGCCAGAACCCAGUCAGCCUUGAGGAAGAGGGUGGACACUCAUGAGAUCCACAUCCCUGCAGUCCUCUGUACAAAGCUCAGAU